UGCUCUGACCCAGUCUCUACAGCCCACAGCUGCAGACAGCUAACUCCGAAGGACGCAUUCACCUGUCCGGCCUUGAGAGCCUCCCAGAGCGCUGGCUUGCGGGGAGGGCAAGGGUCGCCCCAGCGCCGCUGCAACGCCAGGCUCGCUUCUUUGCAAGCUUUAUCAGAGGCCGCCCGUCCAGCUAGACAAACUGUAGGAGACUCCUGAUAGCGAAGCGCGUGGGCGCCAAUCUAGAAGACCAAACUCGACCCACCGCGGGCGGCCCACCCAACCCCAUCCGCGAGUCUUCUCUCCGCCAGCGUCCUUCUUGGAGCCCACCGAGCCUAGCAGGGGUGACAGAGAGCCCCUCGAAGGGGUGCAGCGGGCAGGUACCGACCCGCCAGAGAUCACGCAGCGAGCCUGCGCCUUGAGCCGCCACCUCUGAGCAGUCGUCGGAUUGCCGCUUCACCGGGAGCCACUUGGCGCUAGGACCUACCCAGAGCCUGCUCUGUCCGGAUCCGAGGAGUUCCUACAGGCCCGCACAGAGGCCGGAGAACUCGCCCACUGCUCUCGGCCCACUCCCUCCUGUCCCGCUUGUGAAGAUGUCCGCCAAGCCCGACGCCGGCUUCGUGAAAGAGGCUUCUCGCCAGAUCCUGGCCGGUGGUUCCGCUGGUCUUGUAGAAAUUUGCCUGAUGCACCCACUCGAUGUGGUGAAAACCAGGUUCCAGAUUCAGAGAUGUGCAACCGAUCCAAACAGUUAUAAAAGCUUGGGAGACAGCUUUCGAACGAUUUUCCGAAUAGAAGGAUUGUUUGGUUUCUACAAGGGGAUUCUGCCACCAAUCUUGGCUGAAACACCAAAAAGAGCAGUGAAGUUUUUCACCUUUGAGCAGUACAAGAAAUUGCUAGGAUACGUGUCACUGUCGCCAGCAUUGACGUUUGCCAUUGCUGGAUUAGGAUCUGGACUAACAGAAGCUAUCGUGGUUAACCCUUUUGAGGUAGUAAAAGUUGGCUUGCAAGCAAAUCGGAACAAAUUUACGGAGCAACCAUCCACGAUGAGUUAUGCAAGACACAUCAUUAAGAAGGAAGGCUUGGGACUCCAGGGCCUCAACAAGGGAUUUACAGCAACUUUGGGACGUCACGGAGUUUUCAACAUGGUUUAUUUUGGCUUCUACUACAAUGUCAAAAACAUUAUUCCUGUCAAUAAGGAUCCAACCUUGGAGUUUUUGAGAAAAUUUGGGAUUGGUCUUCUCUCAGGCACAAUAGCCUCAGUCAUUAACAUCCCUUUUGAUGUUGCCAAAAGUAGGAUUCAAGGGCCUCAGCCAGUUCCUGGAGAGAGCAAGUACAGAACCUGUUUUCAAACAAUGGCAACAGUCUACCGGGAAGAAGGGAUUUUCGCUUUGUACAAAGGCCUGCUUCCCAAGAUUAUGAGGCUUGGACCAGGUGGUGCAGUGAUGCUGCUGGUUUAUGAGUACACCCAUUCAUGGCUUCAGGAGAACUGGUGAUUGCCUAGGAGGUGUUGAGAUCAUGGAUAUUUGCUCUACAGCACCGUAAGGAGAGACUAUCAGCUCAGCUGAUAUGAUUGUAAAUUAUAAUUAUACAAUUACGUACAGUCAUUAAAGGGGAACAAUUUAAUCAAGAACAAAACCUAUUUUGAUACUUCAGAAAUUAUCUCUAGACAAUUUGAGACUGUGGUUUUGGCCAUAUCCAUAAAUCUGUGAGAAGAAAAAUAGUAUGAAGUAAUGAGGUAUGUAAAUUGAACAUAGAAAAUAGCAUAGAAAUUAGAUCUAUUUCAUAAAAGCUAUAUAAAUCUCAUGCUCUGUAUUCCUCUUACACUGCUUCACAGUGAAAAUCCAUUGUAUUGAUAAUUUUUUCCCAUGAGGUCAAGAAAUGCUUAAAGUAAUAAAAAAAAUUAAGCCAAAAUUUGAA